CAAGAUGGCGGCGGCGGGAGCGUUGCGGCUGCUGGUUCCGCGAGGCCGCCUUCUUUCGCCGCGCAGGGGCCUCCACCUCUCCGCGCCCGCCGCCAUCCAGGUGACGGUGCGGGACGCGCUGAACCAGGCGCUGGACGAGGAGCUGGAGCGGGACGAGCGCGUCUUCCUGCUGGGCGAGGAGGUGGCCCAGUACGACGGUGCCUAUAAGAUCUCCAGGGGGCUGUGGAAGAAGUACGGGGACAAGAGGAUCAUCGACACCCCCAUCUCUGAGAUGGGCUUCACGGGAAUCGCCGUCGGUGCCGCGAUGGCGGGCUUGAGGCCGGUGUGUGAAUUCAUGACGUUCAACUUCUCCAUGCAAGCGAUCGACCAGGUUAUCAACUCUGCCGCCAAGACCUGCUACAUGUCUUCAGGAGCCAUCGGCGUCCCCAUUGUUUUCCGUGGGCCCAACGGUGCUUCGGCUGGCGUUGCUGCUCAGCACUCGCAGUGCUUUGCUGCCUGGUACGGGCACUGCCCGGGGCUGAAAGUCGUCAGCCCUUGGAGCUCAGAAGAUGCUAAAGGGCUGCUGAAGGCAUCGAUCCGGGACGACAAUCCAGUUGUGAUGCUGGAAAAUGAAUUGCUGUAUGGUGUUCCCUUUGAGAUGUCUGAACAGGCACAGUCAAAGGACUUUGUUGUUCCAAUUGGAAAGGCCAAAAUAGAAAGGGAAGGAACUCAUGUUACAUUAGUGGCACACUCUAGGCCUGUUGGGCACUGUUUGGAAGCAGCUUCUAUCCUGGCCAAAGAAGGUGUUGAGUGUGAGGUUGUCAAUCUGCGCACCAUCAGACCAAUGGAUAUUGAAACGGUGGAAGCCAGUGUUGCAAAGACAAACCAUCUUGUAACUGUGGAAGGAGGAUGGCCACAGUUUGGAGUAGGAGCUGAAAUCUGCGCCAGGAUCAUGGAAGGAUCUGCCUUCAACUACUUGGAUGCUCCAGCUGUGCGUGUUACAGGUGCAGAUGUUCCCAUGCCUUACGCAAAAAUUCUAGAAGAUAACUGCAUACCUCAAGUGAAGGAUAUAAUAUUUGCAGUGAAGAAAACUUUGAAUAUCUGAGUUGUAAAUAUGUUUUAAAGUCCUGCUUUAAAAAGUAUUAAUGGUAUAGGGCAACUUGUAUGCAAAACUUUGUUGUAUAGCUGCAUAAACUUUUGUACAGUGAAGUACAGCGAUCUCCCAGAAUAUUUAUAUGGCUGCAAUGGGGUCUGGUGGGGUUUCUCUCUAAGCCACUGCAUUUAAGUAACCCUGUGGUAAUACUCGUCUGUAAGUUAGCUUGUACUUCAGCUGGGUUAGGAUCUCUCUGUAUGCUCUAAAUUCAGAGGGAAGAAAAGGUCUUCCAUUUCUGCUUGUCCUGUAAGAUCAGACCAGCUGUGCUAAACUGACAGUGAUGGUGGUUGAGUGCAGAACGGGAGUGAACAAUAAGGGCCACCCUGAAUCUAGUCCUAGGAUGCUGCACAGCUCUCUAGGAGCCUAUGUUUGCAAGGCUUACUGAAGGCAAAUGAUAAAACCAGAGCUGAGUGAAGCCUUGCUUUUUAAUUCAACAGUUUAACAAAUACCUGUAUAAAAUGGCUCUGGAAGCCUGUAGUAUGGGUUAAGAGGUGGCUCGUGCUUUCUUCAAAGAGUGCUCUGGUCAUACAGGAAAGCUGCACAAGAGCUUGAUUAAAGAUCCUGAUCCUCUUCAGUGUGUGGUGGGAAAUAAUACCUAUUUAUUCUUUAUUAACUGUCACGUGCAUUUUCUAUGCCAGCUGUCAUGUACAGUGAUAAAAAAAACUUGCUCAGAUGUUUUGUUUUUAUGUAUGGUUUUGUGCCUUGUUUGUUUGUUUGCUUGUUUUUUAAACUCAACAAUGGUAUGCACAAACAUGUUCUUACAGGCAAAAAAGAAAAAAAGUUACUUUUUCAGACCUGGGUAAGGUAAUAAACUAUUCAAAAGCA